CUAAGGUCACUGCUGUCAUUCGGGAGCUAACCAGCCGGGCGUCAGACGUGGAGGCGGAGAGGAACAUUCAGCCAGGAAGCAUCCGUCAAGAAUCCCCGAGGAACACGCCAGAAUGUCUCUGUCCAACAAACUCACCCUGGACAAGGUGGACGUCAAGGGGAAGCGUGUUAUUAUGCGGGUGGACUUCAACGUCCCAAUGAAGGACAAGCACAUCACCAACAACCAGAGAAUCAAGGCGGCUGUUCCCAGCAUCCAGCACUGCCUGGACCACGGCGCCAAGUCUGUGGUGCUGAUGAGCCACCUGGGCCGCCCCGACGGAAACUUCAUGCCGGAGAAGUUCUCUCUGGAGCCGGUCGCUGCCGAGCUGCGCGCUCUGCUGGAUAGGGACGUGGCCUUCCUGAGGGACUGUGUCGGUGCUGAAGUGGAGGCCGCCUGCGCUGACCCUGUUCCUGGCUCCGUCAUCCUCCUGGAGAACCUCCGCUUCCACGUGGCUGAAGAAGGGAAGGGCAAGGACGCUGCCGGAAACAAGACCAAGGCCACCCAGGAGCAGGUGGACUCCUUCAGGGCAUCUCUGUCCAAACUGGGAGAUGUUUACAUCAACGACGCCUUCGGCACCGCUCACAGAGCCCACAGCUCCAUGGUGGGAGUGAAUCUUCCUCAGAAGGCGGCUGGUUUCCUGAUGAAGAAGGAGCUGGACUACUUUGCCAUGGCCCUGGAGAAACCUCAGAGGCCCUUCCUGGCCAUCCUGGGCGGAGCGAAGGUGAAGGACAAGAUCCAGCUGAUCAACAACAUGCUGGACAAGGUGGACGAGAUGAUCAUCGGCGGAGGGAUGGCCUUCACCUUCCUGAAGGUCCUCAACAACAUGGAGAUCGGCACCUCUCUGUUUGACGAGGAAGGCGCCGGCAUCGUCAAGGACCUGAUGGCUAAAGCCCAGAAGAACGGAGUCAAGAUCACGCUGCCGGUCGACUUCGUCACCGCUGACAAGUUCGACGAGAAGGCCGCCACCGGCGCCGCCACGGUCGCCGCUGGAAUCCCUGCGGGCUGGAUGGGUUUGGACUGUGGACCCGAGAGCUCCAAGGCGUACGCCGAGGCGGUGGCCAGAGCCAAGCAGAUCGUGUGGAACGGACCCGUCGGCGUGUUCGAGUGGGACAACUUCGCCAAAGGGACGAAGAACCUGAUGGACAAGGUGGUGGAAGUGACGGCAGCCGGCUGUGUCACCAUCAUCGGUGGGGGCGACACCGCCACGUGCUGCGCCAAGUGGAACACGGAGGACAAGGUCAGCCACGUGAGCACAGGAGGCGGAGCCAGUCUGGAGCUGCUGGAGGGUAAAGUCCUGCCCGGGGUGGACGCCCUCAGCAGCGCCUGAAGGUCCCGCCGGCCGCAGCCGCUGCGAGUCUGUGUGAGUGUGUGUGUGAGAGAGAGAGAUCUGCACUGUUGCCGUUCCUACUAAACAAGGCUUCGCCUGGGGUCCUUCACCACACAUGUAGCGGUACCAACAUGGCAGUUCUCAAGUGGAGUCUCCGCCUUAUGUCAACCUGCUGACCCAACUCCACGCAGAGGAAAGAGCCGCGUGCGUGUGUGUGUUUGUGAGAGAGAGAGAGAGUGAAUGAUGCCUUGUGUUCCGUCGUCCCCAGAACGUUGCUUCAGAGCUGCAUUGUCGGUUAUCGUGGCGUGUUUGCACCUGUAGUGUUGCGCUGACCCUGCGUCAGUGUGACUCCACCCACUGGUCACAUGGUCUGGUCAAUAAAGCCGUCUGUGUUACACCCUCUGUAGCACUGCACUGUUCGAUAAAAA